CCAUUCACGUGCCCAACUUGCUGCAGGUGAGAGGUGCGCAUUGCUCGGUCAAGCCAGUGAAAUGGAGGGAGAGAAAGCUCUUCUGUGGGGCGGACGGUUUACUGGAGCGACUGACCCUCUGAUGGUUCAAUUCAACGCUUCGAUCGGUGUCGACAAACGUCUGUUUUUGGAGGAUAUUCAGGGUAGCCAAGCAUAUGCAAAAGCUAUUGCCAGAGUUGGACUGUUGACAGACGAUGAACUGCAAAGUAUCAUCGAUGGCCUAGACAAGGUGCUGGAGGAAUGGAACAGUGGAACGUUUGAAAUUCAAAAAACAGAUGAGGAUAUCCACACAGCUAAUGAACGCCGACUAAAAGAGCUGAUUGGAGCCAUUGCUGGCAAAUUACAUACAGGAAGAAGCAGGAAUGAUCAGGUUUCAACAGAUAUGAGAAUGUGGCUUUAUAAAGCGUCUGGUCGACUGCAAGAUUUUUUAAAGAAAUUGAUGGCAGUAUUUAUUGAGAGAGCUACAGUGGAAGUGGACAUCCUCAUGCCUGGUUACACUCAUCUUCAACGUGCCCAAGUGGUCAGGUGGAGUCACUGGCUUCUUAGUCAUGCAUCUUCUCUUUCUCGUGACUUACAACGAUUGCAACAGCUUCAGAAACGAGUCAACGUUCUUCCAUUGGGCAGUGGAGCUAUAGCAGGAAAUCCAUUUGGUAUAGAUCGAGAGUUGCUUGCCAAAGACCUCGGAUUUGAUGGAGUCAGUCUGAACAGUAUGGAUAGCACUGGAGACAGAGAUAUUAUUGCUGAGUUUACCUUCUGGGGAACUCUGACAAUGAUGCAUUUGAGCAAAUGGGCAGAAGACUUAAUCAUUUACAGCACUAAAGAGUUCAGUUUUAUUCAUUUGUCUGAUGCCUACAGUACGGGUAGCAGCUUGAUGCCACAGAAAAAGAAUCCAGACAGUUUAGAACUAAUUCGUGGAAAAGCAGGCAGCGUGUUUGGCAAGUGUGCAGGUUUUCUUGUAACAUUAAAGGGUUUGCCCUCAACAUACAACAAGGAUUUGCAGGAAGACAAACAGGGAAUGUUCGAUACCUAUGACAUCCUGUCUGCUGUUUUGCAGAUUGCAACUGGUGUUCUAACAACUCUUCAGGUGAAUGCUUGUCAAACCCAUGGAGCUCUUAGUGAAGACAUGCUGGCAACUGAUGUUGCAUAUUAUCUUGUCAGAAAAGGGGUGCCUUUUCGAGAAGCACACGGUCUUGCAGGUAAGGUAGUGCAGCUUGCUGAAUCUGAAAAGUGUUCCAUGUCAGAGCUGCCUCUAGGAAAACUGCAGUCUCUUAGUCUAUCAUUUGAUUCUGAUUUGGCUAAUGUGUGGGACUACAACCACAGUGUAGAGCAAUACACGUCAGCUGGGGGAACAAGCAAAGAGUCAGUGAUGAAACAAAUUGAAAACAUCAAGGCUGGAUGCGGACUAGUUUAGCAGAGUUAAUUAAUUAGGGAGGCAAGACAAUUCCUGGACAUUAGUACGAGGUGUAGAUGUUACGCAUAUUCCUUGAAGUUUCUAUUUGCAGGUGUGCUCAAGUUUAAUUAAUUGAAAUAGACGAACAUUACAGCUAGA